AUGGCUAGCGGAUCGGAUAUGUAUGCUACAGGCUCCUCUAGAGGUACUGACUAUUCGCAUGUAUCCAGAAGACGUCGUGAUAGUGAUAAUGGCGAGAAUAAUCUGAAUGAUAGCGAAUUGGAAGACAUAAUCAGCAAGACAUCCAGCUUGAAAUUAAAUCAAAACGAGGCCAAUUCAAGGGACUUAUCGGAUAUAUUUAUAAACUUGGUGAAUCCGCUUUUAUUGACAGCACUUUCGGCAUUUCUCCGGUUAUAUAGGAUUGAAGCAGCAAAUAACGUGGUAUGGGACGAGGCCCAUUUUGGGAAGUUUGGAUCGUACUAUUUGAAAAGAGAGUUCUAUUUUGAUGUCCAUCCUCCGUUAGGAAAAUUAUUGGUAGGGUUAUCUGGAUACUUAGCGGAUUACGCUGGUGGAUUCGAUUUUGAAAGUAGUGAUGCUUUCCCAGAUGAUUGUAAUUAUGUAUUGAUGAGAUGUUUUAAUUGUGCAUUUGGAAUAUUAUGUACUCCUAUUGCUUAUAAGACAGCAGUGGCAUUGGGAUAUAGUCAAUUGACUGUGUGGUUUAUCUCGUUGCUGGUUAUUUUUGAAAUGAUUUCUUUGACUUUAUCCAAAUUCAUCUUGUUGGAUUCUAUGCUCUUAUUCUUUACUGUUUUAUGUUUCUAUUGUUUAGUUAACAUACACAGUUUAAGAACUAAGGAUGAACUAUUGACGAAAAAAGGGUUAACAUGGUUAUUGACAACUGGUAUUUCUAUUGGAUGCGUUUGUUCGGUAAAAUGGGUUGGUUUGUUUGUUACGGUUUUAAUUGGAUUAUAUGUUAUUUACGAUUUGUUCAUUAAAACUUAUCAAUUGACGAGUUCAAGGUUCCCAAUUUCACUUAGAAAUUAUUUCACUCACUGGGUUUCAAGAAUUACUACGUUGAUCUUCGUACCCUUUGUUAUUUACUUGGCUUGUUUCAAGGUUCACUUUGCUGUUUUAAAAAAAUCAGGGACCGGAGAUGGGUCAAUCUCCACUUUAUUUCAGGGUUCGUUAGAAGGUAAUACUCUUCAGAAUGGGCCUAGGUCUGUUGCAUAUGGAUCUUUAAUCACAUUACGGUCUCAGGGAUUAUCGCCGAAUUUACUCCACUCACAUCCACAUGUAUAUCCUGAAGGAUCUCAUCAACAACAAAUCACUACUUAUGGGUUUAAAGAUGAAAAUAAUGAGUUUCUUGUGGAAUUUGAUUUGGAAGCUGGCUUGAGAGGUGAAUUUGCAACUUAUGAACAAGAAGGCAACGAUUCAUACUCUUUGGAUAAGAUAAUCAAGGAUGGUGAUGUUAUGAGAUUAGUUCAUAAAAAUUCCGGCUGCUUAUUGCAUUCUCAUCAGAUUAUGUCUUCUAUCCUGUCGUCGCACUAUGAAGUCUCAUGUUAUGCAAACUUAGAUGAAAGUGACCUCAAGGAUGAAUGGGUUGUUGAACUUCAAUCGCAAGAAUUGUCACCUUCUGAAGAUUUUCAGAACGAAGAUCCAAAAGAAUUACACCCUAUUUCAACUAAUUUUAGAUUAAGACACAAGGUUUUGGGUUGCUAUUUGGCAACGACUGGCUUCUCCUAUCCACCUUGGGGAUUCCAGCAAGGUGAAGUUGUUUGUAAAUCAUCUCUUUUCCUGACAGAAAAAAGCACUUGGUGGAAUAUUGAAGAUCAUAUUAAUGACAAAUUACCGGCCCCAGAAAGUCUCUACGUACCCCCUCCACCUAAGUUUUGGAAGGAAUUCAUUUUGUUAAAUUACGGUAUGAUGGCCUCAAACAAUGCAUUAGUUCCAGAUUCUGAUAAGUUUGAUAGAUUAUCUUCAGAAUGGUGGGAGUGGCCAAUAUUGAAGUCCGGGUUGAGGAUGUGUGGAUGGACUUCAAAUGAAGUCAAGUACUUCUUAAUUGGACAUCCCUUUAUCACAUGGUUUAGCACCUUUAAUUUAGUCCUAUUUGUCAUAUAUAUUGUUAUUAAAUUAUGGAUGUGGCAGAGACAGAAAAUACACUUUCGUAAGGGUGUUUUUGAUUUGGAAUGGGAAACUUUGAUAAUUCAAGGCGUUACGCCAUUUGUUGGUUGGGUUUUGCAUUACGUUCCAUUCAUUUUAAUGGGAAGAGUCACAUAUUUGCAUCAUUAUGUGCCAGCAUUAUAUUUUGCUAUCUUCAUAAGUGGGUACAUGAUGGAAUCAAUAAUUCACCGUCAUACCCAUAAAUACAUCUCUUAUCUAUUAUAUGGAAUCAGCUAUCUUCUUAUAAUUGGAAUUUUCUGGUAUUUGAAAGAUUUAGCUUUAGGAAUGGAAGGCUCUUCCUCGAAAUUCAAACAUCUCAGACUUUUAUCUAGUUGGAUGAUUUGA